AUGUCUCAAUAUUCGGACGACGAAGGAACUAGAGCCUCGGGCUGGGAAGAAGAUGAUGAAGAAGACCCCCAGCAAAACGAUCAGGGAGCCUUUAUUGCCCGUGAUGAGCCAGAAGAAGACCGCAUAUCAGCGCGAGCAGUCCGACGUGCACGAUUUGAACUAGAACGCGAGGAAGAAGAUGCUUUCGAUGCCCACGAGAUGGCAGCACGACUCAAGGAGCGCCAUGGUCGACGCCGUCCAUUGCGGAUGGCAACUGAUACAGCCAUUCCGGCUGUAUUGCAGCUUGCUGACGUGAACGAGCCUAAUAUGUGGGUUGUUCGAUGUAAGCCCGGCAAGGAAAAAGAUAUUGUUCUCACGCUCAUGAGACGGGUCAACGAUACCGAGCAAUAUGGAGGGCCAACUUCAAAGAUUUUUUCUGCUUCAUGUAGAGAUUCUUUAAAAGGCUACGUGUACAUAGAAGCGAGAAAGCUUACCGAUGUUCAAGCGGCUGUUCAAAACGUCAACAAUGUAUUUGCUUCAAAAAUACAGCUCGUGCCUGUAGACGAGCGUGCUGAUGUAAUUGUAAUAAAAUCUAAACGCAUCGACCUUAAACCCAAUAGCUGGGUAAAGAUUAAGAAAGGUCGUAACGCUGGAGAAUUGGCGCAGAGAGAGAUGUCAAACUUUCAAAUCUGGUUAGUAUAUAACUCGCUUUCGAUAUUAUUCAAAUGGGCUUAUGAACUCGAAUUGCAACAGAUCGUGGAUGAUGUAAGUCCAUCAGUGGACGAAAUCACAGCGUUUGCCGCUGCUCAGUUUGAGGAGGGUGCUACAAUCGCAACUUUGGCCAUCGAUAGCCCACUCACGGCCGCUAUCAAAACUGAUUUCCAACCUGGCGACAUAGUAGAAGUAGUAGAUGGUGGUGAGGCGGGAUUGUAUGGAACUGUUGAUGUAGUAGAAUUGGGGAUGGUCACCUUUACUGUUUCGCGUGACACCAACAGUGGCGCAUUGCAAAAAGCUGUUGUGGAAGCCAGUCGAUUGAGGAAAAAGUUCUCACAAGGAGAUCAUGUUAAAGUACUUAACGGCAAGCAUAAAGAUGCCACAGGAAUGGUAUUAGAAGUCAAAGGAACGACAGUUACUCUAGUACUCGAUGAUACUAUGGAGGAGGCUGUGGUGUUCUCAAAAGAUGUCAAGAGAGCUGCUGAUGCCACAAAGAGUGUGACGUCUGAGAGUAAACAUGAACUACAUGAAUUCGUUCAGCUAUUCAAUGGUGCUUAUGGCAUCAUUGUCGGAAUCGAGCGUGGAUCCUAUCGCAUCCUUAGUGACGACGGGAUUGUACGAAGCGUUGAGGCAGUAGAGAUAUCAAGGAAGCUCGAUACUCGACGGGCGCAAGUCAAAGAUUCACACGGAAAUACCUUACAGCAAGGCGACUUGGCACAAGAGACUAUUCGAGAGAUGCGUGAGGGCAAGAUAUUGCAUAUAUUCAAACACACGGCCUUUUUAUUAGCUCGUGACAUCUCUGAAAAUGGUGGUGUAUUCUUUACACGAUGGAAAAGUCUCAUCAACAAGAAUUCAACCACGACUGCACCGAAACUCGACCAAAUAAAUCCAGCAGUCUACGGUAACCGGCAGUUGGAUAGAUCUCAAGGACAGAAUCGUAGUUUUAACAAUCGUGGCUAUGGUGAUAGAGGAUAUGAUCGCGGUCGCGGAAGGGGCCCUUAUAAAGGCUAUAUGGGUAUUGUAAAGGAUACCACGGAAACCAUGGCAAGAGUGGAAUUGCAUACAGAUAGUAGAAUUUUGAACGUUGAGAAGGCUAAAUUAAUGAUGAAAGAUUCGAGCGGGAUUAUCCGACCAAUUGCAUCUGACUUCCAACCCAGAGAGCGUGAUCUCGAUACGUCAAGCAAUUACGGCGCAUCGUCACCUUAUUCCCCCAGCGGCUGGUCGUCAUCUUCUCGUACACCGUCCUGGGCGGGUAGCCGUACACCGGCCUAUUCCUCAGCAAUGACACCCAAUCCACACGCCGACGGCUCGCGCACGCCUGCUAUUCAUUCAACCAAUGAUGGCUCACAAACACCGGCAUGGGACAUUGGCAGCAAAACGCCGGCAUGGAUAGGCGGAUCAAAUGAUGGAUCGCCGCGAUGGGGUGAUGGUGGGUUAACUCCUAGAUGGGAUAUUUCCGCACCUACACCUGCCCCGGAGACUCCGAGAUUUUCUGCGCCGACACCAGCACCAGUCACACCCAAUUUCGUUGCGACUACGCCUGCAGCGGAUGGGCCGAAUUUCGUGCCAACGCCGAAGCAUCUUCCACCCACUACUCCUGAGCCUAUGACCCCAGGACUGUUUGUACCGGCGACUCCACAUUUUAUACCUGCUACUCCCAUGGCUGCUGGCGGUGAUUAUGGUGAUGGAAAUUUGAAUGCGGAAUAA